UUUGCAGUUCUUUUAACAACAUUGAGCAGCUGCUGCUUGGUGCUGGGCGACGAAUCGAUUGACACACGCGAGAAUGCGGAUCUCGUGCUGAAGUGUCGCUUCACCGAGAAAUAUGAGGCAAACGAUUUUUCAUUCUUCUGGACGCGCUCGAUAUCAAAUCCGGCGCAGUUUGACAACGUGGCCAUUGGCGAAGUGCAAUUGAGUUCGGGCUACAGACUCGACUUUCAGCCGGAGCGCGGCAUUUAUGAUCUGCAGAUUAAGAAUGUCUCCUACAAUCGGGACAAUGGGCGCUUCGAGUGCCGCAUUAAGGCCAAAGGCACCGGCGCCGAUGUUCAUCAGGAAUUCCAUAAUCUAACUGUGCUCACACCCCCACAUCCACCUGUCAUCUCGCCUGGCAACAUUGCCGUGGCAACCGAGGAUAAGCCCAUGGAGCUGACAUGCAGCAGCAUUGGCGGCUCACCGGAUCCAACCAUUACCUGGUAUCGCGAAGGCUCAAAUACCCAACUGCCUGCCACAAUAUUGCGUGGCGGCACCAAGGAUCAACCCACCAAUGCGACGCUCACGAUUACACCUCGCCGCGAGGACGAUGGCGCCAAGUACAGGUGUGUCGUGCGCAAUCGCGCGAUGAACGAGGGCAAACGGCUGGAGGCAGUGACCACAUUGAAUGUCAACUACUAUGCCCGCGUCGAGGUUGGACCAGAGAAUCCGCUGCGGGUCGAACGUGACCGCACUGCCAAAUUGGAAUGUAAUGUGGAUGCGAAGCCGAAAGCGCCAAAUGUUCGCUGGACACGCAACGGCAGCUUCAUUAGCUCCUCGCAGGUGCACACCAUCCAUCGGGUGAGCGUGCAGGAUGCGGGCAAGUAUACGUGCAGUGCCGAUAAUGGUCUAGGCAAGCCCGGCGAACAGGAGCUAAUACUGGACAUACUCUAUCCACCCACCGUGGUCAUUGAGUCGAAGACGCGCGAGGCCGAGGAGGGUGAGACCGUCAAGAUACGCUGCAACGUCACCUCGAAUCCGGCUCCUAUCACAAUCGAGUGGCUGAAGGAGGGCGCCGCCGACUUUCGCUACAACGGCGACGUGCUGACCCUCAACUCGGUGCGCGCCGAGCAUGCGGGCAAUUAUAUAUGCCGCGCUGUCAACAUUAUGCAAAGUCAGGGUCAGGAGCGCAGCGAGCGUGUGGGUAACUCCACAGUCGCGCUGCUCGUUCGUCAUCGUCCCGGCCAGGCUUACAUAACACCCAACAAACCUGUGGUGCAUGUGGGCAACGGCGUUACCCUGACCUGCUCGGCCAAUCCACCGGGCUGGCCGGUGCCACAGUAUCGCUGGUUCCGCGACAUGGAGGGCGAGUUCUCGAGCCGUCAGAAGAUACUGGCCCAGGGACCACAAUAUUCCAUACCCAAGGCACAUCUGGGCAACGAGGGCAAAUACCACUGUCAUGCGGUCAACGAGCUGGGCAUUGGAAAGAUGGCAACGAUUGUGCUGGAGAUUCAUCAGCCGCCCCAGUUCUUGGCCAAGCUGCAGCAGCAUAUGACACGGCGGGUGGCCGACAACGAUUAUGCGGUUACGUGCAGUGCCAAGGGUAAGCCGGCGCCGAGCAUUACCUGGCUGAAGGAUGGCGUUGAAAUCCUGCCCGAGCUCAACUUGUAUGAGGUGAAGACGAAUCCGGACCAGGGACCCAACGGCAUGGUCACCGUGCAGAGCAUGCUGAAGUUCCGCGGCACAGCCAGGCCAGGCGGCAAUCAGCUUGUGCCCGGCGAUCGUGGCCUCUACACCUGCCUCUACCAGAACGAGGUCAACUCGGCCAACUCAUCCAUGCAGCUGCGCAUCGAACACGAGCCGAUUGUCCUGCAUCAGUACAACAAGGUCGCAUUUGAUAUACGUGAAACCGCAGAGGUUGUUUGCAAGGUCCAGGCAUAUCCCAAGCCCGAAUUCCAAUGGCAAUUCGGCAACAAUCCCUCCCCACUGACCAUGUCCUCGGACGGACACUAUGAGAUCAGCACCACGACGGACAACAAUGAUAUUUACACUUCGGUCUUGCGCAUCAACUCGCUCACCCACUCGGAUUACGGAGAGUAUACGUGCCGUGUGGUGAACGCCCUCAACACCAUUCGUGCCCCGAUUCGCCUGCAGCAGAAGGGUCCGCCAGAGAAGCCGACGAACUUGCGUGCUGUCGAUGUGGGUCACAACUAUGUGACGCUCAGCUGGGAUCCGGGCUUCGAUGGUGGCUUGAGCAAGACCAAAUUCUUUGUGAACUACCGACGCGUUGCCAUGCCCAGGGAGGAGCAACUGAUACCCGAUUGUGCAACACUGGCGAAUGCCAAUUCCGACUGGGUCGAGGUGGACUGUCAGCGUGAUAUACCCUGCAAGGUCAACUCGCUGGAUCAGCAUCAGAGCUAUGCAUUCAAGGUGAAGGCGCUGAAUCCCAAGAACCAUUCACCCUACUCCAACGAGAUUACGGUAACAACGAAAGUCAGCCGCAUACCGCCGCCCCUCCAGGUCACCUACGAGCCGAGCACCAGGACCCUGGGCAUCGAUGUAGGUGCCACGUGCCUCAAUCUAGUGGCCGUUGUGGAGACAAUGCUGCACGGUGAUACGCCCAUGGCCUCCUGGGAUCUAGUUGACAUUGUGGAUAAUCUGCAACUGUCUGGCAAUGGACCCACGCACAAGGAGAAGGUCAUCGAUCGUCUGUUGACGCCACGUCGCAGCGGCGGAGGACGUGCUCUAGGCCACACCAUUAACGAGGACGAUGAUGAUCAUGAGACUGCUUUGAAUAAUCUGGCCAUGGAACAGGAUGACAAUAGUCCCGUGGUGCGCGUCAAGUUGUGCCUGCGCAACAAUCGCGAACAUUGUGGCGACUACACGGAUGCUGAGAUUGGACGUCCGUAUAUCGCGGAGGCAAGCGCACUGGCCACGCCCACAUUGAUUGCGAUAAUCGUAUCGUGCAUUGUAUUCACACUAUUCGCUGGCCUGCUGCUCAUGUUCUGCCGCUGCAAGCGCAAUCAGUCGAAGAAGAGCGCCGCCGCCAAGGACUACGAAAUGGACUCAGUGCGUCCUUCGAUUGUUGCCGCCCAGCAGAACCAGGCGCCGCCGCCCUACUAUCCGGCCAGCGGUCUCGACAACAAGGCUCUCGAGCACUCCAUGGAUCUGGCCCUCAAUAUGGAGGACCAAAAGACAGCCCUCUAUGCGACACAGAAUGGCUAUAGUUAUCAUCCGGGCAGCGGUGUCGUUGGCAUCGUCGGCGGUGUGGGCGGCGGUGUCGGCGGUGGUGUUGGCAGUCUCGUUGGCGGCAACGCUGGUGGUAAUGGCGGCAACGGCGGCGGCGUUGUUGGUGUGACCGGCAUACCCGGUUUGACAGGACACACGUUGCCAGGAAAUGAAUGGGUCAACAUGGGCUACAUGGAGAAUAAUUAUUCGAAUUCGAACAAUGGCGGCAGCGUCAACUCGCAGGACUCGCUGUGGCAGGUGAAAAUGUCGGCGGCCGCCGUUAGCAAUCAGCAGACUUUGGUGCAGGCGCCACUCAAUCAGUAUGUGGAACAGCAGCCCACCUACGGCUAUGAUCCGUUGACGCAUGGCGGCUAUGGGGCUGUCGACGAUUAUGCACCAUAUCCACAUUUGACGGCCACGCCCAGCCAGGUGGGCGAUGAAUAUCACAAUUUGCGCAAUAGUCAAAAUCCGUCCCGGCAGGAUUACUGCAGUGAUCCCUAUGCAUCUGUACAGAAGCCCAAGAAGCGUGUCGAUCAGCAUUUAGAUUCACCAUAUCACGACGUAAGCGGCCUGCCCAACCCCUACAACAUGGAGCACAUGGUGGAACAGGACGAGGUGCUGCCACCGCAACAGCAUAUGUCCCUCAGCUACGAUGACAGCUUCGAGGGUGAAUAUUCGACAACGCCAAAUGCCCGAAAUCGCCGUGUCAUACGCGAAAUUAUUGUCUAAGCUUAACUCGAAAUACACAAGGCAGCAACAACAACAGCAACAGCUACAAUAACAACAACAACAAGGCACUCUUAUCUAACUCUAUUAACACAUGAACUGCACACACUCACACACACACACACACUCAUACACACACAUACACACCAUCUCCCCAUCAGCAUUGCAACGAAAUCUCAAUAUUUAAUUUACUCAAUUUUUGAGCAGUGGCCAUUUUUUACUUGGAUUAUUAUUUGUUAUGGAUAUAUCGAUAAAUGCUAGUUAACGUGUGUUGAGUUUUAUUGGCAACGAAUUGAUAUAUAUAUAUAGAUAUAUAUGUAUGCUACGAUAAUUAAGGCAUCGAGUUCUCAUUCACUAGUUAAGGCAACAUACACACACACACAGUCUCCCACAACCACACACACACACACACACACACAUCUGCACUAAAUGUUAAAUACGAACUACUUAUAUAGAUAGAGAGAGACAGAGUGAGGCAGUGGGAGUGGGAGAGCGGCAGAGCGAAUGGGGAGCGCAGUUAAGUACAGUAAUACCUAUGCUAUGAGGUCCCAGUCGCAUACGCAAGAUAUCGUACGAAAUUUAAUUGUAAGCCAUCAAAUGUUGAAAUGAGCAAAUUUCAAAAUAAGAAAAACGAAAAGAAAUUUACAAAAAAAAAUAUAGAAAAUAAUAAUAAUAAAAAUAAAAGAAGGAAUUAUAUAUCUCACGCAUGUUUUCACGUAAGGCAGCUGCAACAACCGUUCACCAUAGUCGUGUAAGCAUUAAACGUAUAAGAGUAUAUUUGUGGCCGCGUAUAAGAGUUGCUCGCUUCGAGUCUCGCGGCGCAUAAGAAAUGGGAAAUUUUUAUGGCCAGCUGCGACUCACGGCAGGACUCGCGCGCAUUUCCAACACAUGUUUUUUAGUUAAAAAUAAUAUAAAAUAAAUAAAUAUUACGUAUUAAAAGUAAAAAGUGAAAAGGGAAA